CCACAAUUUAAAAUUUUCAAAUUCUUAAAUUUCAAAUUAUCAUGAGUGAAAAGACAUAUGCUCUCGUAUCAUGUAUGUACUCAAUUAAUGAAUUCUUUUUAAUACAUGGCACCGAGGACUUAAUUAAAAACUUUAUCAAAUUUAGAGAAGAUGUUCAUGUAUAUUGUUUAAAAAAUUAUGAAAAGGUUAAACGCGAAAGAGUAGAUUCACAGAAUAACCUUAAAUUUCCAAGACAUAAAUUUAAGGAAAAUUAUAAUAAAAGAUUAUUUCAUAAAAAUUCCCAAGAUGAAGAAUUGCCAACAAACAUAAUUGCUCUAGAUUCACAAAACGAUGAUUUAUUAUAUAAAGAUUUAUACAAUAAUCAUAAUUUGGUAUUAGCAUUUAAUUCAAAUGAACAUGUUAAAAAAUGGGGUAGAGGCUUAUUAUUAGACAUUAAACAAACAAGUUCACUGAGUUCAAAAGUUCUAUCAAUAUUUUUUAUUGACUAUGGUAAUAUUGAACAUAUGGAAGAAAAUUUAGAUCAACCUAUUUUUAUUAAACAAGAAAUUCCAUAUAAUAUAAAUAAGUAUCCACCAUAUUUAAUACCAUGCUCUCUUUUUGGGUUAGAUGUUAAAAAUGAAACCAAUUAUAAAAAAGUGAAUGAUUUAUUUUACAAAAUACUUUCAUCAAAAAAACUAAUGGAAAUGAAAUUAGAAAUGCAUCAUAGCAAGGGAUAUUAUCUAGUAACUCUUUAUUCUAAAGAUGAUUUUGAAAAAAAUUUAGAACCAUUUAUUCAAAAAUCAAUAAAUGAUACAAUUAAAUCUAUAUUAGACAAUAAAAUUGAAGAAUGUGACUAUAAUUUUAUUAGAUUGAAAACUAUAUUGCAUAUUAAAAAGCAAAUAUUUAAUACUGGAUAUAUAAUUGAAUAUUCUAUGCUAAAUAAAUAGUUCAUAUAAAUUUAUAAUCCUCUAUUAAAAUAAACAUAAGAAUCUUCUAAUAUAUCCUGUGCUUUAUUAUUGUAUAGAAUAUUUUUAUUGACAUUCCU